AUGGGGAAAUCGUCCAGAAUCGACAGAAUCAAGGAUAAGACGGAGAGGGUGAAGGAGUUGUUCACGCUUAGAGGCAAAGACGGGGAUGAGUCUACAAGCUCCUCGGCUACACAGAAGGCUCAAGAAUUGAAAAGCUCGCAUUCCACAUUGGGCAACGAUAACGAGUAUCAGAACAUUCCCAUUGGUGAACUCUGGAAUCUCGCGUACGAGAAAUUACAACAAGAGGAUAGCGCACUCAUUGAAGAAUAUGAGGCGAGACUCCGCGGAAGCGUCACCGCCGCCCUGGGAUCGACGUUAGCCGCGGAGGAGAACAAGGGGAGGUGGAUGAACGUCAUGCUACGAUGUAAGAUGGAAGAGGUCCAGAAGAACAUUUGGAAGUUUUCGUUUCGUAGCUCAGAGGUUCAGCCGGCUGAGGUUGUCCAGCCCAUCUUGGGCGUUGUCAAACUGGCCAAUGACUUUCUCACCACGGCUUUAGCUUCCAACCCCUAUGCAUCAUUGGCGUGGGCUGGCGUCAGCGCAUUGCUGUCGCUGUUUUUGAAUCCCAUGGAUCAAGCUGCAUCCCUCGCCAAAGGGUUGGAGUACAUCUCAUUACUCAUCGUCCAAGGUCGAAUGAGGGAAGAUCUCUAUCGUCGACGCUAUGAAACAAGGCAAAGCGACGACCAACCAUCUACUGUACCGCAUGUACUUUAUAAGAGCUCUCUGGAAAGGCUAUAUCGACAAGUACUAAAGUUCCAGGCAACAUGUUACUGCUACUACGCCAAUGAUGGGGCCACUCGCUUGGCUCGUGAUCUUAUCGGACGGUAUAAUUGGGUUGGUUUGAUGGAACAGAUACAGCGCCAAGAGAGUCAGAUGGGUGCGAUCGACCAGGCUUGGAGCGAUCAACAGUAUAAUGAAGAAUGCGCUGCAGCCGAGAAGCGACACAAAGAAACGAUACACAGUUUGAUGACUGCUGGUGCGGAUAUUUCCAGCCUACGCAGGGCAGUAGAGGAAGCCAAUGCGAAACAAGAUCACCGGGAUUUCUAUCGCUGGUUAUGUGAUGUUGAUCCAUCGGACAUGUACAAUGCAGCACGUAACAGACAUGAAGCUGGCACGAGUGAAUGGUUUAUCGAGGGCGAAGCGUUCGAAUCAUGGAUGAACAAUCCUCGCUCUCUUUUAUGGCUUCAUGGUAAAGCUGGUUCCGGAAAGUCUGUCCUAAGCUCUUCAGUCAUCAAAUUCUUGCAAAGCAAACACAAAGACGAUGUUACAAUCGCUACGGCGUAUUAUUACUUUAGCUUUAGCGACGUAAAAAAGCAGGAAAGAGAUGCCAUGCUCGCGUCUCUCAUCAAGCAAAUUUGUUGCUGCCGCCCCAACAUGCCCGACUCAAUGACAAGACUUAAAAAACACAAAGACCAAGAUAUGCGCCCACCUACCGAAGAGCUUCAAGAAGAACUUAUUGCGACUCUGCGCGGGUUUUCUAAAGUGUACAUCGUCAUUGAUGCGUUGGAUGAAUGCCCAGAACUAGGCGGGCGGCGUGAAGAUCUCAUGAAGACAUUGCGCUAUAUCCUAAAUGCUGCACCCGAUAAUCUUCAUGUGAUGUGUACAAGCCGAAAAGAGUCGGAUAUAUACGCUGAACUUGAACGCUAUUUAUCUGAACCAACGAGGAUAGAAUUCGAUCUGUCUUCUUACAUUCACCGAGAGGCAAUCAAGCGCGACAUCAGCCAAUAUAUAGACUCAACGCUCGCCGAUGCCAACUAUAAAUCUUGGUCAGAUAUCAUAAAGAAGAAAGUCAAAGAGACUCUGAUUGAUAGAUCAGAUGGAAUGUUUCAAUACGUUCGUUGUCAAUUCGAAGUACUACGGAGCCUCAGGUCUUCGAGUGAAAUAAAAAUGGCGCUAUUAGACCUUCCCAAAGGACUUGACCAGACAUAUGAGAGGAUACUUGGCAUGAUAGAUCCUAAAUACCAAGAGCAUAUCCUAAGUUGUCUGAAAUGGCUCGCCUUCUCAUUUAUACCUCUCUCUGUGGACCAACUAGCACAUAUCUUCAUCAUGCGGCCAAGCGACAUGGAUACAAACGAGAAAAUAAUGCAGCGUCUGAAUCAAUCAGAACAAUUGUUCGACUCUCAAGAUGUCUUGGCAUACUUCUCGGGGCUUGUUCUGGUUGAGUUUGGAACAGUCCGCCUGGCACAUUUCUCAGUCAAAGAAUAUUUAACAUCUAGUCGAAUUUACCGAGAUGAUGCACUAUCGCUUGGGUUUAGUGCGGCAGACGCUCAUCUUUGGAUCGCCUACUGGUGUCUUGCGUACCAUAUAUACUUGAGCACUCCGGACAGCAGGAUCAUCCAGACUCGAUAUGUUUUGAAGAGCUAUUCAACAACCUAUUGGCCACUGCAUCUCGAAAUGGUCCCUUAUAAGAUCUGGACUGCUCAAGUGGUUGAGAAACUGGCAAUAUGUCUUGCAAUGCAAAGCCAAAGCUUGCUCAACAUGAUAGUUGGCAGCAAGAUGUACAAAGAUCAGUGGCGAAGAAUGAAAGAGCUUUCCUAUUCAGACAUGACAGAAAUGCUGAUGCGGCCAUACUGCUUUACAGCCUGGCGUGGCUUUACUCUUAUAACUGGACAUGUGCUUUCACAGAGAUUCGGUGUGAAGCAAUACUUUGCACAGGAGGAUUUCGAUGUAGCGCUGUACUAUGCGAUUCGUGGAGGCAGUCUACGACUUGUUCAACUUUUGCUAGACAAGGGCGCCAACGCGGAUGCAUCGGCAAUAUCAACGAUUAAAGACGAGUCUGGAGAUGGCAAAGCUGGGGAUAUGCUUCAGUUGGCCGUGUUCCGUGGUAGCCUUGCAAUGGUAAACCUACUCUUAGACAGAGGUGCUGAUAUCAAUGCUCAGCGUGGUGGAUGGGGUUCAGCUCUGCAAACUGCGGCGAGAGAUGAGCAUCUCAGUAUGCUAAAGCUUCUGGUAGAGCGCGAGGCGGACAUCAACGGCCCUUCUAAUGAAGCCGGGUGUGUUCUUUACGCGGCUGCAGGGAAUAUGGAUUGCCUUCGGUUCCUGCUUGACAAUGGAGCAGACGUCAACAAGCGUGGUACUGGAAACAUGGACAAGACGGCUUUUUGUGAAGCGGCAAGGGCAAAAGACUGGGAAAUAUUCGAUUUGCUGCUUGAACAGGGGGCCAACGUCAACCUAGGUGGCAUGGGAGGAUAUCCCCUCCACGAAAUGAUCACAAACUACAGGCCAGGCAUGGAUAGGAUAUUUCCCCAAUUGAAACGCACAUUCGGCCUUUCGAUCGGCGUGGAUGGAGAACUUCGCAGACUGAAACUCCUACUCAGCCUUGGGGCAGAUCCAAAUGCCUUGGACGGGAAGUGUGAUACUGCAUUGCAUAAAGCAUGUGGACAUCACAAACUCAGAUGUUCUUCUACCUGCGUUCAAAUAGCACAGCUUCUAAUCGACCAUGGUGCUGAUGUGAACAUUGUGGGGAAAUCCCAUGGGACAGCACUGCAGAAAGCUGCAUACAGGGGCUGCAUGAAUAUGGUCAAGUUGCUUCUCGAAAAUGGCGCCGAUGUGAACAUACAAGGAGGAACAUACGGUAACGCACUACAAGGGGUGUGUUACAGCCCUAGAGGUCUUGGGACAAAAGCAGAAAUGAUACAGCUACUUGUUGACCAUGGAGCUGAUGUCAAUGCCAAAGCCGGCGUCUAUGGGACUGCGCUGCAAGCAGCAGCUUGUUGCUCCAGGCAAGGUAUUGAAACGAUGCAGAUUCUUCUCAAACUGGGCGCCAAUGUAAAGGCAGAGGGUGGUGAAUUCGGAAACGCACUGCAGGCAUCUUGUAACCUGGGGGACCUCGACACGGUAUCCUUGCUGCUCGACCACGGAGCCGAUGUUAACGCAGUCGCCGGCGAAGAAUAUGAAACUGCACUUCGGGCAGCCUGUUCCUCGAUGCGAUGGAAAGGAAGCGAAGAUAUAGUGCGGCUUCUACUUGAACGGGGAGCCGAUGUGAAUGCCGAGGGUGGAAAGUUCGGAACCGCCCUGCGGACGAUAUGUGCUAAAAGUCCAAGCAGCAGUCAAAUCGAGAUGGUGCGCCUGCUACUCGAUCAUGGUGCGAAUAUCAACGCCGUCACUGGUGAGGAACAUGGAACUGCGCUUCAAAUAGCCUGUGCCUCGCCUCCGUGGCAAGGGGGUGAAGAGAUUGUGCGUCUUUUGCUUGAACGGGGCGCUGAUGUGAACGCAGAGGAUGGGAGAUUUGGGACGGCACUACAAGUAGCAUGUGCUGCACAUUGUGAGCACAAAAGCCAAGUCAGUAUCAUACGUCUGCUGCUUGAACACGGAGCGAGUGCCACGGCUGUGCAGAGCAGCGAAUGUGCCAGUCCGCUUCAAGCUGCUGCUGGGUUUUAUGCCGGCGCUGAUGUCGAUGGAAACGCUCAGAUGCAGCUCCUGCUAGAUCAUGGUGCUGAUGCCAAUGGUUACGCGUCUGGCAAGUUUGGCUCCGCCCUUCAUUGUGUUCUCUCUCUUGAAGGAACCCUCCGCAAGCUGGAGAAGGGCGAAACGGUACAUCUGUUUGCCGUGUCGGAGAUGGUGGAAAGGAGGAUCCGGCUUCUUCUCGAUCACGGCGCCGACGUAAACCUCAAGGGGGGCAAGUAUGGCUUUCCACUCCAAGCGGCCUGUUCGGUGGCGUAUGACAUUUAUGAAAAUGGGCAGCCACGUGAACGCUGGUAUCGCCGGGAAUCUGAUACUCCCGGUAUACGGCUUCAUUUAACGGCAAUUGCUACUGAUGCGGUAAAGAUGCUCCUUGAUGAAUGUCCCAAUAUUGAUGUUAAUGCCCGCGGUGGAAUCUUUGGCACUGCUUUGCAAGCAGCAGCAUAUUCGGGCCAGACGGCAUCAGUACAACUGUUACUGGAUCAUGGAGCUGAUGUAUCGUCGAACGGGGUUUGCGGUAAAUAUCGCACUGCUCUCAAUGCAGCCGUGGUAAGAGCUCAUUGGGACAUUGUCAAGAUUCUGCUUCAGGCAGGGGCAAAGCCGGAAUGCCAUUUACUUCUACAUCCAGAUGAGAGAUGGCUUGAACAGAUCGGAAAAGAAGACGGCAAGGUUGCAGUGGAGAGAUAUAGAAAGUUUUGGGAGGUUGAAAAGUUGCAGCAUGAGCAGGUACUGCUUGGACGCGGUAGACAUGUUGCGUAUUACCACUUUAUGACGAUGUGGUUGCUUGCUCAGUUUCACCUGCUGACGGGGUUUAUAACGGUAGUUUUCGAUUUUUUGAUGUGGAAGAAAAAGGACGCUUUAAGGAUGUAG